CGGGGCGGGGGUGUAAGAUCGGAGCCGCCUCGAGCGGCGGGGCCGGUGCGGGGUCCCGGUGCCCCCGGAGCCGCCCCCCCCGGUGCCCCCCCGGCUGCCGGGAUUGGCGGGGCCGCCGAGGCGCCGCCCGGCCCCGCAAGUCUCCAACUUUCUUCCCGCCGCCCCUCGCCGCCGCCGUUCCUCCCGGAGCCCCGCGAUGCUCCGCCGCCGCCUGCCCCUGCUCGGGCCCGGGCUGCUGCUGCUGCAGACGGUGUGCGCUGGCGGUCACAUCCCCAAGACCUUGGGCUACCUGGAGAUGGGCACCUCCGGCCUCCUCAAGGACGUGCCCUACGGCACCCUGAAGCCCCCGGCGCUCGACCCCGGGCGGCUGAUCCCGGCAGAGCCCCCCAGGGGCGCGGGGGCACCGGCGGGCACCGGCCGCAGCCCCUGGGACUGGCAGAAGAACCAGACGGCCGGGGAGCUGCUGAGCCCCCGCUCCCACCGCAAGCCCACCCUCAAAUCCAGCCGCACCAAGAAGAUUUUCGGUUGGGGAGACUUCUACUUCAACAUCAAAACGCUCAAAUUCAGCCUCCUGGUGACGGGCAAGAUCGUCGACCACAUCAACGGCACCUUCAGCGUCUACUUCCGACACAACUCCUCCAGCCUGGGCAACGUCUCCGUCAGCAUCGUGCCCCCUUCCAAGGCGGUGGGCUUCGAGGUGCUGGUGCCAGCGCUGCCACGACCACCGCCCCCUCCCCAGCAGAGCACCCUGCCCGAGGGCCGCCCGGCCAAGGCGCUCAAUUGCCACGUGGAGUACGAGAAGACGAACCGGGCGCGGAAGAACAAGCCGUGCCUCUACGACCCGUCCAAGGUGUGCUUCACGGAGCACACGCAGAGCCACGCGGCCUGGCUGUGCGCCAAGCCCUUCAAGGUCAUCUGCAUCUUCAUCUCCUUCCUCAGCAUCGACUACAAGCUGGUGCAGAAGGUCUGUCCCGACUACAACUUCCAGCACGACAAUCCCUACUUCGGCUGACGGGGAAGGGGGUGGGUGGGGGACAAGGGGGGGUUUUGGUGGCACUCGGGGUCUCCUGUCACCCCCGCAGCAGCCUCCUCUUCCUCACUCUGUGCUGGGGGUCCUGGACCCCACCCAAUGCCAUCCCAUCACUGGGAUUGAGUUGGCUCUGGGGGUUGCAGGUUUGCCCCCCCCACCCAAAAUGACAUCCCAUCCCUGCAGCACAAGGGGGUACAGCCGGUUCUGGGGGUCCCACCCACCCAGUUCUGGGGGUCCCACGCACCCACUGAGACCCCAACACUGAGGAGCCCAUACUGGGGUAGAGCUGGUGCUGGGGGUCCUGGACCCCCACACAGAGACCCAUCAUUGGGGUACACCUGGUCUGGGGGACCCCCACUGAGACCAUCAUUGGGGUACACCUGGUCUGGGGGUCCUCUCCACCCAC